GCCCCCUCCGCCUGUCAAGAUGCGUUCGGCUUCGUCUCCUGACGUAGCGGACCCGGCCUCGGCGUGACGGGGACGAGCUGGCUCGGUCAUGGCCCAGCCCGGGGAGACCCCGGCUUCGGAGCCGACGGAGGCUCUUCUUCAACGAGUAGCUGAACUAGAGAAAGUCAAUGCUGAAUUUCUACGUACAAAACAGAAUCUCGAGCAAGAAUUUAAUCAAAACAGAGCCAAGUUUAAAGAACUGUAUCUGGCUAAAGAAGAGGAUCUGAAGAGGCAAAAUGCAGAAUUGCAGACAGCACAUGAUGAUCUGGAAAAACUUCAAAAGCAGCUCAUGGAAGCACAGGCUGAAAUGGAGAACAUCAAAGCCAUUGCUACAGUGUCUGAAAAUACUAAGCAGGAAGCUAUUGAUGACAUAAAGAAGCAGUGGCAGGAAGAAGUUGCCUCUCUGCAGGCUAUAAUGAAAGAAACUGUCUGUGAAUAUGAAGGCCAGUUUCAUCACAGGUUGGAACAAGAGCGGUCUCAGUGGAAUCAAUAUCGAGAGAAUGUUGAACGGGAAAUAGCAGAGCUGAGAAGGCGACUUUUAGAAGGUCAAGAAGAGGAAAACUUGGAGAAUGAAAUGAAGAAGGCUCAAGAAGAUGCAGAAAAACUUCGUUCAGUAGUGAUGCCCAUGGAGAAGGAGAUUGCAACUUUAAAGAAUAAACUGACUGAAGCUGAAGAAAGAAUAAAAGAGCUGGAAGCUUCAGAGGUUAAAGAACUGAAUCACUACUUGGAAGCUGAGAAAUCCUGUAGGACGGAUCUAGAAAUGUAUGUGGCUGUUUUGAACACUCAAAAAUCAGUUCUGCAAGAAGAUGCAGAAAAAUUACGGAAAGAACUUCAUGAAGUAUGCCAUCUACUAGAGCAGGAAAGGCAACAGCAUAAUCAGCUCAAACACACGUGGCAGAAGGCCAAUGACCAGUUCUUGGAGUCACAGCGUUUAUUGAUGAGGGAGAUGCAAUGGAUGGAGAUGGUGCUGACCUCAGAACAGCUGCGACAAGUUGAAGAAUUAAAGAAAAAAGACCAGGAGGAUGAAGAGCAAAGAAGACUUCAUAAAAGGAAAGAAGAGAAGGAGAAAGGCACUGAUGAUGAAUCAAACGUAACAUGUUCUACAAUUCAUGAAGAAGCCCUUCCACCAUUCCCUGGUGAAGAGGUGCACCUCAACAGCACUCAUGGUUCAGCCCACUCGCUUGACACAGAUGCAUUGCUGUCUUCAGGAGAGUCUCUCAAGUCGGACAAUGACAUGUUUAAAGAGGGACUGCGUAGAGCUCAGUCAACAGACAGUUUGGGAACGUCGGGAUCUUUACAAGCCAAAAGUUUGGGCUACAACAAUAAAGCCAAAUCAGCUGGGAACCUUGAUGAAUCUGACUUUGGGCCACUGGUUGGGGCAGACUCUAUAUCAGAGAACUUUGAAACUGCCUCCCUGGGCUCCCUGCAAAUGCCUGGUGGGUUUAUGCUAACCAAAGACCAGGAAAAAGCAAUCACAGCAAUGACACCAGAGCAGGAGGAAACCGCAUCCCUUCUCUCCAGCAUCACACAGAGUGUAGAAAAUGCUUAUGUCUCUCCUAGUGGUUACCGUUUAGUUAGUGAAACAGAAUGGAAUCUCCUUCAGAAAGAGGUGCAAAACGCUGGGAACAAGCUGGGAAGGCGCUGUGACAUGUGUUCAAAUUAUGAAAAGCAGUUGCAAGGCAUCCAGAUUCAGGAGGCUGAAACAAGGGAUCAGGUGAAGAAACUUCAGGUGAUGUUGAGGCAGGCCAACGAUCAACUAGAGAAAACAAUACGAGAGAAGCAGGAGCUGGAGGAAUGUAUGAAACAAAGUAGUGAAGACUCAGUCAGUCAGAUCUCAUCACUUACUGCUAGAACUCAGGAAUCUGAAGCCUUACUCAAUGAAUUACAGCAGGCAUUUUCUCAAGCUAAAAGAAAUGUCCAAGAUCAAAUGGCCGUCCUGAUGCAGUCACGAGAGCUUGUUUCAGAGGAAUUGGCGAGGCUCCAGAAAGACAAUGAAAGCCUUCAAGGAAAACACUGUCUGCAUGUGUCUUUACAACAAGCUGAGGACUUUAUCCUUCCAGAAACUGGAGAGGGACUCCGUGAAUUGGUCCUCAAGUAUCGUGAAGACAUUAUUAGUGUACGAACUGCAGCCGAUCAUCUGGAAGAAAAACUGAAGGCAGAAAUUUUAUUUUUAAAAGAACAGAUUCAAGCCGAACAAUGUUUAAAAGAGAACAUAGAAGAGACUCUGCAGCUAGAAAUAGAAAAUUGCAAAGAGGAAAUAGCUGCUGCAUCUAGUCUAAGAACAGAAUUGGAGCAAAUAAGAGUGAAUAAAGAGCAGUUGGAAUCCAACUUGAAAGAAAAGAUACAGCAGUUAGAAAACUUUGAGGAGAGAGAAAAUGAUCUUGAAGACCAGCUGAAGAAGGAAGUUGCCACAAAGGCUAACUUAGAACACAUGAUGUUCGAGGAGAAGAAUAAAGCUCAACGGCUUCAGACAGAAUUGGAUGUCAGUGAGCAAGUACAGAGAGAUUUCGUUAAGCUUUCUCAGACCCUUCAGGUCCAGUUGGAACGGAUCCGGCAGGCAGAUUCCCUGGAGAGAAUUCGUGCAAUCCUCAAUGAUACAAAACUGACUGACAUUAAUCAACUACCUGAAACAUGACAGCCUCAGUAGCAGAGCUGCAAAGCUACAUUUUGGUGUUUUUUUUAAAAAAAACCUCCUCUUUAUAGCAAAACCUUUAAUAAUUAUUUAAUUCUAACUGAAAGAGCAGAAAGAUAACCCAAGAGUCAUGGUCCAGGUUGUGUUUCUGGGAGGGAGAGGAAGGUUUUCUGGGCGGGAAGAAAGUUUCACACGGAGAAGAUUGGCAGAACCCUCCAGGGUAUCUGCCUUCAGUGUAGUUGGACUUCUCCAUAUAACUCAUCUACCUUCAUCCUCCUCCUCUCCUCCCUCCCAGUGAUCCUGGAAUACGGCAUUCCCUUCCUCCCUCUCUCUCAUCCAUACCCUGUUAAAUUACUGUGAUGAAAGUAGUUGCUGAAAAUCAUCUCCUCCCAUCCCACCCCAAAUCUUUUGGAGUGAAGUUACAAUAGCAAGUUGGGCAGAAGGGGAAAAUAGUAUAUUGUAUUAAUAUUUUAUAUUAAAAUAUGAAUUUAUUUGCAGGACACUGGAUUUUGGGUUUUUCUAGCUCAGUACAUUUUUUUGUACCUUGAAUGUUGUGCUGGAAGAGCCCCCAACUAAAAACAUGGACAGAAUAUGGGCAGAAGAGGAUUAGAGAGAAGGCUGCAAUUUUUUUCCAAAAAGGCACAGGGGGGGAAAAUGGAUAAUUAGAAUGGGGAAAUAAGUCACCUAAAUUCUUAAGACACAAAAGUCAGGGAAGUGAAGGUUAAUCAUCAUAGAAAGAAAAGCAAAUGAAAAUAAAUUGCUUUAGUAUCCCUCAUUACUUCCCCCCCCAAAAAAAAGCUACAUUGCACAAUAUCAGCACAUGGCUGCAUCCAGCAUUACACUUUUCUCACUGAAAUACAUGGACUUGAGUUCAUCACAUUUAUCAAUACGCAUUUGAUUACCAUGGCGUUAAAAAACCUAAGCCGUAUCAUACUUCUAGUACAGGUGUUUUGCGAAUCUCUACCCAGAUUCUAGAACAGAGAUGUCAAACUGGCAUCCUACAGGCUGGAUGCGUCACAUGCAAGGCAUGCCCACCCCACCUCCGCGCAUGGGAAAAACAACACGUGACGGCAACAUGACGCGGCAGGUUUGACACCUGUGUUCUAAAAGGCCCUUUGCAUUGUAUUUGUUUGAAGAUUGGGUUUAAAAUUAUACAUUUAAGAUAAUCCUACAACAUCUCUGAGAUAGGAAACGUUUGUGAAGCUGCAGUUAUGUUUAUGCUUGGACUGAAUGUUUCUCUUGAAAAGCUCAUGAUACAGGUCUGGAAAAUCUUGUUCUGGACUUGCGAUCAGAACAUGCAAGAUGCAUUAAACUCCAUAAUAGAAGGGUUCUAGCAGAACGUGAAUGCAACUGAUUUGCUGUGAUCCAACUCUUGAGGGAAAAGGAAGAUGCUUUUCUAAAUUUAAAAUGGAACUUUUAAAACAAUGUAAUUAAAAUAACUAAAAAAUUUCCAGUCAGAAGGCUGCAUGAUUACCUGGGUUCCAAUAAGAGCUUCUAAAGUCCUAGGAAUUGUUUUAAAUAGGAUGAGUGUAAAGUAGAUAAAAUGUGUUUAAUCUGUAUUUCUAUUGGAUUUUAUUCUUGUGGUCAAGCAGUAGUUGAACAGAUCAGUGUUGAAAUGGGCUAAUGGAGUUGCAAGCAAGUGUUCAUUCCCAAUUCUUCCACACCUGCUACCAAGUGUGUAACUAUCAGUUUUGACAUUCAUUUUCUAAAGACCAGAAUCAAUCUAAUUUAAUCAUGUUUAUUAUUACUUGCUUCUUGAACAGGCAAGUAUUGAUCCAAUAACUGGUUUGUAGAUAGGUGUGAGCAGCUUGAAUACUUUCCCAUUGUUGAAAGAAAGCCUUCACUCUAUUUUACUUUUUCGGUGGGCAAUGGAGUUUAUUUGUUUCAGGUUUUCUGGAUACUAAUUGAGGUGAGGAGGAGGAGGAGGAGGAAGAGUGGGUGGGCAACUUGAUUCCAUGUAAAUUCUAACUAUGUAACUGGUACAAAAUCAAAAAGCAUUUGCUGGAAUCCAGUCUGUUUCAAUCUGCUGGUUAGAAAAAAAAUAUGAAAAACAUUACAGGGAAACUAUAAGCGGACUUAUUCUUAGAAGAGUUUACUCUAAUGAAGUUCAUUAGCAUGUUUCUUUGCAUCUUUAAUAUCGUAUUAGAAAUGAAUUUAACCCUUCUUCCUUAAUCCUGCUCAUGCAAUUAGUACAUCAUUAACUUUGAGCAAAGAUAGCUUUCCUUUUAGGAAAGGAGCAUUUUCAAAGACCCCCUGCCUCAUCUAAGCGUUUGUAUUAAAUUGGCUAAAAACCAUGUGUUGUAUUAAUUGGGAGGCAAUGCUAUAAUCUCUUAAAUGAUGAGAUUAGCUAUGAUACACAUAAUGAAAGGAUUAUACCAUGAAUCAGACGCAUAAUAUUCUAUUUAGCAUAGCGACCAAGUACUGUUCUGCUAUUCAUCCUGAAGUAUUUUAGAAUCAUUGGGGAAAGAAACAAACUUGUGGAAGAGAACGCAGGGAAGAUAGAUCUGUAGUACUAAAUUUAAAUUGUAUACAUUUAAUUAAACAAAUAUUGACAAUGUAAAACUGUAAAUCCACAAGUCUACAAACCCGAGAAGAAUAUGCUGCUAGUUCACACAAUUUUUUUAAAAAGGGAAAAUUAGUUUUAAUAGCAGGAAAUCCUUGUUUUUCAAAAUUGAUCUUGAAAUUGAAUUGCUUUCAUAAUUAACUUUUUUUUAAAAAAAAAGGCUGUAUGGCUGACUUUUUUUUAAUGUUAUGAUUGAUUUAUGCCAUUAGUUUUCAGUUCUCUCAUUCAAAGGCUUAGCUACUACUAAUAGGUAUUAUGCAGUGACCAGUACUGAUUUAAACAGGAAUUGUGUGCAAAAUGAGAGGAAAGAACAGUAAGGUUAGCUCUGUUCUGUAUAUUGUACAGUCCUUUUGUAUGCAAAAUGUAUACUAAAAGGUCAAAGAAUUACUGGAAGACUUGUACAGUCUUAAUAUGUUCACAACAUGUUCUUCCAACAUGUCAAAUGGUUUACUUUCACUUCUGUAUCUCCUAUGGCAUAACUAUAUAGCUUCUAACAACACUGUGUGGACAAGAAUAAGGGUGGGAGAUGGGUAAGUAAUCUAUAAAGCCCCUUACUUUAAAAAAAACUAACCUUCAAAUUCCACUUUUGGAAUUAUAUUGCAUUCCAGCAAAAGCCACUGGUGUCCUGUGAAACUGUGGAUGUAAAAUUAUCCUGUCUAUUGAAUUAAAAAAAUGUAACCAUUUGUUAACUGUAAUUGGAAGUGUAUCCUGCAAAAGUGUUCCAAAUUAAAGGAGAAAAGUCUUGCAA